UCAAGAACGGUCAAAGAUUCCAAUGUUAAGUAAGUAAAGAAUAGUACAAAACACCAUCAUCAUGAACGACAAGCAUACGAAAAGUCGAGUCGCUAUUAUAGGCACGGGUCUCGCCGGUCUUAGUAGUGCUUAUCUUAUUAAGGGAGACCGUUAUAGGGUGACGUUGUUCGAACAGGGCGACAGAAUAUCCUUUGAUUCUGCUUCUGUUACGAUUAAGAACGAGAAAUACGACGAUGCUGAACGAAUCGAUCUGCCGAUGCGCGCGAGCGCGGACGGGUACUACCAUAACUUGAUGCGCAUGUAUCAGCAUCUACAAAUCCCGCUGCAUCCAAUCAAGUUCCUUUUUGUCUUUGCGAAAGCAGCUACGAGCGCCGAUGGAACAGUCCCGGUCAAGGGGAGCGAUAACGAGACAUACUUCAUUCAUGCAUCGAACUUGCACCAGACACCGCCGCCGUGGCCGGGCAAUCGCGGUGUGAUUGCGCACUUUAUCGAGAUUGUCUUCCUGAUUGUGUGCCAAUUCUGGUUCACGAUUGCAUGCUUCCUUGUCGCGCCAUUGAAGACCACAUCUUCCGGAUACAGCGAGACCGUCGCCGAAUACUUCGAUCGCAUACGUUUACCCCGACGAUAUACAUCGCGCUAUCUGCUUCCGCUUCUGAGCGGUGUGGCGACGUGCACACACGAAGAGCUGCUCCAAUUCCCCGCGAGCGACAUCGUCAACUACAAGAAGCUUUCGCAUGGCAAGCAACAUUACGCUGUCUGCGGCGGAGUCUCGCAGGUCCAGGCCAAAUUGACGGAGGGACUCGAGGAUGUCAACCUCAAUAGUCGUGUGAUCGAAGCUGUGCCUCAGGUCGACGGUACCGUGCUGGUUCGCUGGCAAUCUACCGUUGACGCAUCCGGGCGCAUCCACGAGCAAGUCUUCGACCGCGUUGUCCUCUCCGUCUCCCCUGAUGUCGCUGGCUGGAUCUUCAAACCGCUGGGGUCUACAUUGGCGAAGCUUCCAACCCGUCAAGUCGAAAGCUCUGUUUUGAAGCCGGAAAAGGCGGGAAUCAGCGUCGUCGACACCGAUGAUUCCAACUCCCGUCAAUCCAUCGCUUGCAUGCACCAUUCAAAAGACGCCUCAGCAGCCCAGGUCUUGACCCUGCGAACGAUGUUCACCGACGUGGGAAGCCCUCGCACAGAGGCUCUUCACGCCAUGCCCAGUGGAGUCGUUGUCAGCACUUGUCCCCUACGCGAAGAGGCACAGCCAGAAGCAAUCAAAAAGGCCAAGUUUACUAGAACCCUCAGAAACACCAAGGGCCAGGCUCUCGUUCAGAAAUUGCUAGGGGAUUCGGGAUCGAAGAAGGGCGAGGAUGGUGAGGCCAUGGCUUGGGUCAAUGGACAGGAUAAUGUGUGGAUCGCUGGUGCUUGGUGCUGGGAUGGCAUGGUGCUGCUGGAAGGGUGUGUUGUGUCGGCCAUUAGGCUCACGGCGCGGACCGCAAUCGCUAUCGACACCAUGUUCUUCAAUCAAGACAGUUUUGGUCUUGGCUUUGCCGCGGGGCUCAUCACCGCCCUGGCCAUCGCUGGCAUCAUUACUUUGGUGGUGAUGCGAAUGAGCGAUAUCUACGGCCUGGGACACUGGAAGCUCAACAUCACAACGCGACCACCAUCCAUCCUCAAUCACAUAUCCAUUGACGUUUCUCCCAGGAAAACUCAUACAGGCGAGCCAAUUGACACGCUCCCCGCGGCUGCCUCUGCACUGCUCGAGCAGGUUGUGAGCGCCGCCGGGCUGUCGGGUGAUGCACCUGGUAAAGCUAGUCCUCGCGGUUCCCUCGCCAUUCUAGAUCUGGGGUUCGGAUGUGGUGACCAGACUUGGCAGUUGGCGAGGACGGCUACGGAGCAGGGCUGGAGGGAUUUUCGCUAUGUUGGGCUUACGCUUAAUGAUGCGCAGGUCCAGACGUCGCGACGUAGGAUUUAUCGCGAGUUGUCUGAGGCGGGGACUGCAUUUGAUGCGGAGGCGUUCAGCCUCUUCCGCGCUGAUGCUGCGAAACCACAGACUUGGAGUCCCCAGAUCAGAGAGGCUGUUUAUUCGCUGGCUGAUGAGAAGUAUACUGAGCGGUGGCUGCUUGCUCUCGACUGUAUCUACCAUUUCUCUCCGUCCCGAAAACCCGUUCUUUCACACGCCGCCAAAGAGCUCGACGCCAAUUACAUGGCAUUCGAUCUCCUCCUCAACGAGAAAGCCUCCACCAAGGACAUCUGGAGGGCUAGACUCAUCGGAAAAAUGAUGGGCUGCCCACUCAAAACCUUCCUCUCGGAGACAGAGUACAGAGAUCAACUGGUGGAGUGCGGGUAUGACCGCAACGAGAUCACGAUUAAGGAGAUCACAGACGAUGUCUUUUCAGGCCUGGUCAAAUUCCUCGAUCGCCAAGACAAAUUGUUAGCAGAGUACGGCAUCACAAUGGGCGGCUUCAAAUUAGCAGGGAGAUUGUUCAACUGGUUCGACAAGUCCCGCGUCGUAAGAGCCGUGGUCGUCGUCGCUCGCACCAAGAGCAAGACAGGAUAGGGAAAUAGCACCGUAAUCACAAUUACCCAAAAGUGACAUUAAUUAAUUAGCAUU